AUGGAGAAGGCAUCACUAUUAACUCCGGCGAACCCGCAUUUCUUCCAGCCUCUUCUUACCGGUUUCCAAAGCCACCUCAAUAUUCCUGUGACAUUCUUCUGCAAGCAUAUAGAGGGAAAACACGAGGGUAGGACUGUUAAACUGAGAUCAGAUUCUUCGGACAGAACAUGGAUAGUGAAGAUAGAAGGCCAUAGGCUCACUCAAGGUUGGAAAGAGUUCGCCAAGGCACAUGAUCUUCGAGUCGGUGACGUUGUUAUCUUCAGACACGAAGGAGACAUGCUGUUCCAUGUCACUGCUUUUGGAACCAGUUUCUGCGAGAUCCAAUACGCACCGUCUAGCAUCCAUGUCAAAGUCAAAGAAGAGAGUGAAGAAAUUGGAGAAUCUUCAAGAAGGGAGAAAGAAUCUUCGUCUAAGCCAACAUGUUUUAGCCAAUAUGUGACGGCUUCAAAUCUAUCAAGAGGAGCUGUGGGUGUGCCCUUAGAUUUUGCGAGACGAAAUGGUUUGAACAAAGGGAAGCGUGUGAUAGCUUUGAGGAACCAAGAAGGAAAGACAUGGGAAUCUAAAUUAAAGAGUACGAGGUCUGGUCAGGUUUUCAUAUGUCGAAACUGGAGAAGCUUUUGCACCGCGAGCAAGUUAAAAAUUGGAGACUCUUUCCCGUUUAAACUGCUUGAAAACACGGAAACGCCUGUGUUUCAGCUCUGUAGCCUUUCAAAGGUGAAGCCGAAGAAGGAGACUCUAUCUGAGACCGAGGAAGAUAAUGUUGUUGACAAAACUGAAACACCCCGGUUUGUUAAGAUAACUACUACAGCAAGCAGCCUUGAGAUUGGUAAACAGAAUAUACCGGUACAUUUCACGAGAGCAAACAAGCUCAACAAGCCGGGGAAGAUAGUAUUGGUAGACAAAGACAAAGUGGAGUGGUCGAUGAAACUUAAUCAGGAUAGUAGAAGUGGAACUAUGUAUAUUAUGGGUGGUACGGCUUGGAAAAGUUUCUGUGCAGCGAAUGAAGUAGUGGUAGGAGAGUCUCUAACUCUGGAGUUGAUCCGACGUGGGGGGAUUCUUUUGCUCAAGUUUUGCUCCAAGAUGGAGCAACCACCGUUCAAAACAAAGGCUCGAAAACACAAGAGAGCACGAGUUCAGAGACUGACCCGGGAGAGUAGAUCGAAGGAUGACGUCUCAAAUCAGGAGGCUAAGGUUAAAACAGAGUGCUUAAGCUACUAUAACUAGUAUUUAAGACACAAUAGUUCUUCCUAAGGUCAACAAAACCUAACUCCUAUGUGCAUCCAAGUUGUAAACAAGAAUGAUAUGAUUUCACUUUACUCAAAACCUGUGUCAUAUGGACCUGAUGUCUAGUUAUGAAUCAGGCAAUAGGCGUUUGGUUUUUGGUUCAGAUAUUUUGGUUUUCGGUUAUAGAGAUUUAGAAAUCGUUCAGUUAGUUUGGU